AUGAGUAGUGAAAAUAACCUACCAAAACCACCAGGUUUCAAAGUUAUUUUUAAUCAUAUUUUAUUAUUAUUAUUAAUAUUAUUUAUAGUAUUAUUUGUAUUAACAUCAAUUACAUUAAUUUCAAGAUUAUCAAAAUCUAGAAAAAAUAAACAAUCUAAAAAAUUAUCGUAUAGAACUAGAGCUGAAGUUUAUUUAACAGUAUCUGGUAUUAUACAAUGGAUUGAAGCAAUUCAAACUUUAUUAUCAGUUAUAUCAGUUAUAGUAUUUAUAUAUGGUACAUAUAGUAAAGGAUCACCACCAUUAGCAUAUUCAUGGGUAGAAAUUUCUUUAACAAUUUUCUUUACAAUUCAUUGGAUGUUAGAUUACUUUAUUAGUAAAGAUAGAUUAAAAUAUUUAUUUUCAUUCUUUUCAAUAGUUGAUUUAGUAACAGUUUUACCAAUUUAUAUUGAUAUUUCAACUGGUCAAUUCUUUAAUGAAUUAGGUACUUUUCAAUUUUUACGUGUAUUACGUACUGUUAGAAUUUUAAGAGCAAAUAGAGUAUUACAUUAUUUUAAUGAUAUAACACAAUAUUUAUUUAGAGUUGUAAUUGCAAUUUUUACAUUUAUUAUGAUAUUUGCAGCAUUUUAUAUGAAUAUUGAUGUAUCACCAAUAACGGGUAAAACAUUAGAAUUUCAUGAAACAAUUUAUUUUUUCGUUGUUACAUUAACAACUGAUGGUUAUGGUGAUAUUCAUCCAACAAAUGCAGUUGGUCAAUUAACAAUAACAUUAGCGGUAGUUGUUGGUGCUGUAUUAAUUCCAUAUCAAGUUUCAAGAUUAUUAGAAACUUUUUCAUCAUAUUCUCCAUAUAAAAGAGAUUUAUCAAAAAGUAAUUUACAUGGUCAUGUUAUAUUAUGUGGUGAUAUAAAUUUUACAUCAUUAUUAGAAUUUUUAACAGAAUUUUAUUUAGAGAAAUAUGGACAAUUGAAAAAGACAAUUGUAAUUUUAUCAACAAAUCCACCAUCUGAUCAAUUGAAGAUGUUAUUGUUACAUCCAUUCUAUAAGAAUAGGAUAUCCUAUUUGGAGGGAUCCCCAAUGCUUGAGAAUGAUUUAAAGAGGGCCCGUUAUAUUCAUUCGUCGUCAUGUUUUAUUUUCAGACCGUUGUUUUGGGAGGACGGUGAUUCGACGGCGAUUUUAACGGCUUUGGCAAUGAAGAAUUUGAAGCCUAAAGGAUCGAAAAUUUUCGUCCAAUUAUUACAUCAUGAGAAUAAGUAUAAAAUUUCUGCACGUAUAAAAUACAUUAUGUGUAUUGAGGAUUUCCGUAACGGUAUUCUAGUUCAAAGUACCCUCUGUCCUGGUUUCGGUACUUUAGUUUGUAACUUAUUCACAUCACGUCAACCUGACAUUGGUGAUGAAGAUAAAUGGAUAGGUGAAUAUUGUAAUGGUAGUGUUAAUUCAAUUUAUAAAAUUCCUGUCCCCUUAGCAUUUGUUGGUGAAACUUUUCUUCAUGUAACUUCUGUUAUGUAUUCUGGUGCAAAAGCUUUAGUUUUAGGUUACAUUGAUGAUUUAAAUCAAAAUCAAAAUCAAAAUCAAACACCAAAUAAUACUACGACCAAUGGUAGUAGUGGAGGUAUAAGCAGUAAUGGUGGUAGUAAUCCAAAUGUUAGAAAUAGUACAAAUAGUACAAACAACAAUAAUAAUAGAAGACAAAAAAAGAAUAAAUUUAUAAUUCAUCCACCAUUUUCAACAAUUAUAACAUCAACAAUGAGUUUAAUUAUUAUUGCUCAUAGUCCAUCAGCACCAACUUUUAAACCAAAUGUACCAUCAAUUAUUAGAAAAGAGAUGGAUGAUGAUGAGUUACCAAAAACUUCAUUUUUUCAAAAUAUAUAUAACAAAUUAUUUGUACCAGAAGAGAUGAGACAUUUUACAGAUUUAAAUGAUUCACAAGAUAUUUUCUUUAAUGAAGAUUUAAAAUCAUUUUUUACUUCAACUUUUACAAAUAAUAAUAAUACAAAUAUUGAAAUGGAUACAUUUUCAUCACCACAAUCAACAUCAUCAUCAACAACAACAACAACAUUACCAAAUCAAAUUUUAAUUUCUGAUAUUAAUAAUAAUAAUAAUAUUGAAAAUGAUAAUCAACCAUUAAUGGGUGUUGAAAAUAUACCAAUUAUUGUAACAACAGCAGCAGCAUCAACAUCAACAACUUCACCAAAUGGUACUAAUGGUGCAACAAAUACAUCAUCAUUAUUGGAUCCAAAUAAUUAUAAUAAUAAUAAUAAUAAUAGUGAAGAAGAUAAAGUUUCACCAUUAGUUGCAUUAUGUAAUGAAGAAUUUGAUUCAAAUUGGAAUGAAGUUAUUGCAACAGUAAUUGAAUCAAUUGAUUCAAAGAAAGCACAUAUGGAAGAGAUUGUUGAAGAUUUAGAACCAGUUUUAGAAGCAAUUGAAAGAAAUAGAAAUCUUGAUGAAUAUUCUGAAGAUUCUAAAGAAGAUAAUAAUUGGAAAGAACAUAUUAUCAUUUGUGGUUCAAUUAAUAGAAUUGAUUUAUUUAUUAGAGGUUUAAGACAAAGAUAUAUUUCUGAUAAUUUAAAUCAUUUUUAUCAUUUAAAACAACAUCAACAUCAUCAACAACAACAACAACAAAAUAAUCAUCACCAUGGUGGUGGUAAUAAUCAUAAUAGUCAAACUAAUUUAAGUGAACAUUCAGAUUAUUCAGCACCAACAAUUGUAAUUUUACAUCCAGAGGAACCAGAUAUGUCAGAAUGGGAUGAUAUUGAUGAUGUUUUUUAUGUUCAUGGCUCACCAUUAGAAAGAAAAGAUUUAGAUUUAGUAAAGAUUCAUUUAGCUAGUAAAAUUAUAAUUUUAUCAGAUCCUUAUAAAGAACAUCAUAGUUCAAAUUUAACUGAUAAAACAUCUGUUCAAUUGGAUGCUCAAACUAUUAUGGCAUAUUUAGAGAUUAGUGAAGUAUUUCAAAAUCAUCCAAAUCCUUCAAAUUUCGUCACUGUUGAAUUGGUACAUGAACCAAAUAUUAGAUUCAUUUCAAAGAAUAUUAAAUCCUCAAAAAUUGGUAGUAAAGUAACUGGUGGUUCUAGUAGCUCUAGAAAAGAGGGUGAGGAUAUUGAUAAACCAAAUUACUAUAUCACUAGUGAAUUUGCCUCUGGAAAAGUCCUGACUUUGACAACGCUAGAUUCAUUACUAUGUCAAGCUAACCAUCAAGAGUAUCUCUUGGAUGUCGCAAAUGAAUUGGUAUUGGGUGUAAAUGGUAUUAGAAAAUAUUAUAGAAAAUUAAUUAGAAAUAUUUCAGAUUCUGAUUCUGAUGAUUCCGAUACUGCUGCAAAUAAAAAUAAUAAUGAUUAUGACUAUGAUGAUACUGAUAGUAGUGAUGAUGAAAAAUCAUCAUUACCAAAUGUUUCAAAUAGUAAUAGUAGUAUUAAUAUUAAUAAUAAUAAUAAUAAUAAUAAUAAUAAUAAUAAUAAUAAUAAUAAUAAUAAUAAUAAUAAUAAUAAUAAUAAUAAUAAUGGUAAUAAUGGUUCAAAUGCUUUAUUAUCACCUUCUCGUAGUUUUGGAUAUAAAGGUUUCAAUUCAAGAUUAUCUCAAUCAGGAAUUUGGAAUCACCAUCAUCACCACCAUCAUCACCAUCAUCACCACCAUCAUGGUGGUAAUCAUAUUAAUCCAAAUCAAUGCCUUUUAAAUCAAAUUAAAGUUCCAUCUCAAUUUCAUGGUCAUCUUUAUUCAGAAUUAUUCGAAACUCUCAUACAUAAAAAUAUUUUACCACUUGGUUUAUAUAGGUGUAAAGAAAUUACUGGUGCUCCAAAUUCUUACGUUUUCACUUGUCCUCCAGUUGAUACAAUUUUACAUGAAAAAGAUUUAGUUUAUAUUUUAUAUAGACAAUCAAAUUAA